GAGUGCAAUUCUGAAAUACAAACUAUACAAACAAGACAAGUGUUUCGAAACAAUGAUAUUCUGAUAGUUGUCUGAUUAAUGUUAACUAGAGGGAUAUAAUUAUACAGGUUUUUUGAAAAUGCUGCAUACUCAUGAGUACGCACCAAAUGUAUCACUCCGCGUGUCUGAGGUGCUCAGUGAUAUUGGCCUAAGUGAGAAUAUGGUACUUAAAAGAAGAAAAGCUGUGCUGUUUAGAGAGAAGGUGGACAACAUCGCAGGUUUAUUGAUAGAGCUGAAUGCUUCUUGCUAUCACUUUGGCAGUCGAUCAGAAGGAACGACAACAUUGGGACUUCAGUCAGAUUCUGACAACAUUUUCAGUGUAUACGGGUUUAAUGUGAUACAAAACUUCAGUGAAUGGGAACCUGGCAUUCGAAAUCUUUUAAUGAUCCAGGAUGAGACUGUGUCCCCUGGCUACUGUUUACUGCAAUGCCUGAGAAAUGAUGCUCCUCUUCCGUGUAAUCACCAACCGAAUAAUCAUUACUUUAUACACAGGAGUAGAAGAAUAUUUCUUAAGAAUACAACGUUUCACAUAAAAAUCGGACCGGAUGAUGUUAUACAUGGGCCAGCAAUUUCACGACCAGAACGACCUGGUUUUUUUGCUUCUGACACGGUUUUUGCAUUGAAAUGCAAAUCAUGGCCUGUACACGCCCGACAUUGGCUAGAGAGGCAAUAUGUUAGUGUAUGGCCUUCAUAUGACAUGAAAAGAUAUUGUAGUAACACCGGAUGUUUUGUUGUUGGUGUUGGAAGCAAGGAUAGUGAAUAUCAAGACCUUGAAUGGAGAAUAUCAACUUCAUUAGCAGAACGAUGCUUAAUGUUUAACUUAAAUAUUACACAAAUGAGAUGUUAUGUCUUGAUGAAGAUGCUUCUUAAAACCUACAUCAAACCACUAUUUGAAGACUCAAUUUCAAGUUUUAUGUGUAAGACUGUAUUGUUCCAUUGUGUUGCUAACACACAUUAUGAUGAUUGGAGAGAGGACAAUUUGAUUAAAUGUUUAACACUUUGUUUAUUAGCUAUUUAUAAAUGUGUAUCUGAUGGAAACUGUCCCCAUUUUAUAAUACCUGAAAACAAUUUGAUGAAAGGAUUAUCGCUGGAAACAAAACCUUACAUACUGGAAAUACUCAAGUGCCUUUCCAGUAAUCCCUUGAGAGCUUUACUUGGCAUAACAUGUGAUGAUCUUGGCGUUGCACUUCAAAUCAAGUUGAAUGGUGAAUUGCAAAGACAGUCAUUCCCUUCAUGCACAGACGUUUUCAUUUCAAGACAAUUAUUGCGAGGAACUGCAGUAACUAUUGAUAUAAACCAAACUGCUUUUCUUACAAGGAUAGAUAAUAUCUAUAACAUACCUGAAGUACUGCAGAAAUUACUUCAGUAUUUGUUCAUACUGAAACAUUUGCAUAAUGUAAGUGAUAUAAUCAGUAAAAAGGCAUGUAGACUGCUGACGUCCAGUAUCUGUACAACACUUGGAUCAGUCCUCGCUUCCAUAAACAUUUAUGACAAUGAUAAUAUAUCAGUAGAGGCUGUUUCCUGUAUACAAAUAGGUUUGAAUUUCGAUGAUACGUCUAGUAAACUGAAAGCAGCAUCUAUGUUUUAUUGUGUAGGAGAUAUAGAAAAGACCGAACUUAUUCUAAGACAUAUUGAAGAGCGCUAUAAUAUCUGGAUAGUUGAACCUAUAUGCAAAUGUUAUAGUGGUUUCAAGAGGAAAAACAGAAGAACAGCAUUCGAUGAACGACUUUUCGACCAAAAAGAAGAAGAUGUACAUUACCUCGCGGCUUUCUGUGUCAGGUUUUUACCAUUUGAAAUCAACUGCGUUCCUAAAGAAUUGCGUUAUGAAAUGUUCAGAUCUACAAGAGAAGAUAGGGCAUACAGAGAAGAAGGAGCAGAUAACUGGAUGAACUGGGCUGUGGUUGAUUCACUCUCCUUCCUAUUCUUCCUUCAAUACAAGACCUUUGUCCGUCUUGGAAAAUAUGACGAGCGGCAAGGGGCCCUUUCCAAUCUCAUAUGGACAAUUGACAAUGAACCAAAUUUAACACACAGAGAAACUGCGCUUAAUAUACUGGGACAGUGUAUGGAGCAAGAAAACAGACUUACAGAUGCUUUAAAUUGCUACUGCUGUUCUCUAAAAAUAAGAGACAGAAACAAUGCUGCAAAAAUUCAUAUUUGCAGGCUUUUAAACAGUUUGAUAAAUGGCUCCUAAUUUUAAUGGACUGUCAAGUAAUAGGUUUUAAAAUAUCCAGACGUUUCGACUGUUCCAAAUGGAUUUCAACUGUAGCCAGCAUUUUAAUCUUUCAAUGUCUCAAAAUCUGAAAUUAAUUUUGCAUAUUGAUAAAUAAAUUUGUUUGCAAUAGUCAGUUUAACACUGUAUAAAAUAUGAAAGUAAUGGCACUUCGGCUUAAAUUUGAUUUUUAACUCCUACACAUAUAUGAAAGGGGCGACAUACUACAAGCAAAAGAGACGUCUGGUAGUCAAACAUGUUUGUUAAACAAAACUGUGAUUUUUUGCACAUGAAUAUAUAACAAGUUCUCCGAUUUAUGUUUACUCAUAAUGUAAGCUUAAUGAGUUACAUUCUUAUAGUUGUAUAACUACAAGAGGCAAUAUUGUGACCUGGUUGAUUUGCACUUUCGUUAGAAAUGUUUAAGCAAGUCUUGUAUAUAACAAUAUACAUAUUGAAUCAAGCUAUCGAAGGAAACCUCUAAUUUAACAGAUGUAAGUUAAACGUUGUUUCAUACAGUGUAUUGGCACGUCAAUAUCUAUAACGUUAUUUUAAGUGUCACGUCCAGAUUUAACAUCAAUUCAUUUAUGUGAAAUGCCCCGUCAUGAUGUAACGCUGUUUCAAUCAUCUUUCGUGUGAAGUGUUACGUAAAUAUGUAACGUUGUUUCAUACAUUCAAAAUGUCACAUCAAGCUGUAACAUUGUUUCAUACAUGCAAGAUGUCACAUCAGAAUUUAACAUCGUUUCAUGCAUGUGAAAUGUCACGAUGAAAAACAUCAUAUGGUUAAAUCUAUACUUUUUCUGUUUGUAGUCAAGUAAGAAGAUUCGUGAAUAUACUUUGUUCCAUGUUAGAAUAUUUACCCUCACCAAUAAGUGAACAUUGCAACAGAAAAUGUUGCGUUAAAUAAGCAUUUAACGUGUAAAAUUUUAAACUCGUUAACUGUGCGUUGUAUAAACUUGAAACAUCGGUGCUUUAAAAUUUUCUUUUGAAAUUGGCAAAAAUAGUUAAUAUUUUAGAAGUUUAAAAAAAUCAGC